UCAAUAAGAAUUAAAAUUUUGGAAUUUAAAAAUAAGUUGAAAAUUGGAAUUUAAAAAUAAGCUUUAUAAUAUAAAUAUAAUGGAUGGAAAUUCAGUUCUAAAACGACCUAAACCAACUGAUAGUGAAGAAGAAUUAUUUCGUAUGCAAGAAGAAUUUUUUAAAAAUAAACAACAACCAUCAGUUAAAGUAAUUAAUUUAAAGAAAUCCACAAAAUCUUUAAAUACUUUUACUGCAAUUCCUUACAAUCACAAAAGUUUUAAUAAAAUCAAAUCAAAAUUUUCUGAAUUAAAAAGAUUAAAAACAGAAGAUAAAAUAUGUACUUCGCAAGGAAAUGGUGAUAUUAUAAAUCCUAUGAUUAAAGAGACUGAAAAAAGAAAAUUACAGGAUUCUGUUCAAAAUAUAACAUCUUCAAAAAUAGUAAUAGGAAAUAUUGUGGAAAAAAAAUAUGAUACAUUUGAUGAAUUUGAUAAAAAAAAAUUCUUUUGUUAUAACACAGGUUUUCCUGAAGUUUUUCUUUCUACAGAUAUGAAGAAUGGUAAAAGUCAAAGCUUAUUUUGGCAACAAAUUUCUCCUAAAAGUAAUGCUUUAAAUAGAAUAAAAGAAUUUCAAAGUUCUGAAUUUUUAUGCAUUAAUGAUAAAAGUGUUAUUAUAGAAGGACCAUGGGCAAAUGAAAUACAUAAAGAAAAUUUAGAACGAUUAAACCAGAUGAAUCAAGAAGACAUAUUAAAAGAAAAAAGUAAACUUGAAAUAACUCUGAAGCCAGAAUUAGUACAAUUUUUAAGAGAUAGAAGAAUUAAAAAAGUAAAUAAAAUUCGAGAAAAUGAUGAAAUAUUAAAUAAUGAAACUCAAGACCAAAAUAUGAAAUCUACAUUUGUAAAAAAAACAUUUGCAGAAAAAAUUUCUAAUAAACAUGACAAUUUAAUAAAAGAUAAUGAUAAUACUAUACCAAUGCAAAUAGAUGAUCUUGAACAGAAUAUACCAAAAUCUCCUAAAAAAUUAAUGGAACAAGCUAAAAAAAAAGGUUGGAUACAUAUGGAUUCUCUUGAACAUGAAAAAUUAAAAUGGAUGGAAGAUAUAUCUGCAGAAAAAACAAAUGAACUUGCUUCAGAUGAACCAUACAAUGCUCGUUUUGAUUUUAAUGGUGUAUUAUUAGCUUAUAAAGAUGACAAUAUAUCUAUGCACAAAGGUCUACAUCAUCAUGGAGAAGAACCUGAACGUCCUGGUUAUUCUUUACAAGAAUUAUUGCAACUUACUCGAUCGUCAACACAACAACAACGGUGUACAGCUCUUAUAACAUUAGCAAAUAUUAUAGAAAAAAGUCGUAAGGGUUGGUAUGAUAAAGCAUUACAACCUCCACCCUUGAUUGCAUUAAGUCAAAGAAAUCUUUUACUAUUAUUAAGAUUUUCUUUGGAUGAUACAUCAGUAGCUGUGAUUACAGCAACUUUACAAGCACUUAGAGCUUUUUUAUAUAGCGAAGAGGAUGAAAUUUGUUUAGAUAGAUUAUAUGGUUUUAAAAAUUAUAAAGAACCUAUUUUAACAACACCAAAGACUGAUGUUGAUGAUAUAAAUAAUUUAAAAGAUCAUGAACUAGUGCAAUUGGAUGCAAUUGCUGCUUUAUUAAGAACUGAUAUACUUUUAAGAAUUCGCUAUAUUUUGAAUGAAGUGCGGCCACCACCAGUUGCUGUAACUUGUGCAUUGGAAAUUUUGAUUAGAUUUGUACGACAUUCGCCUAUUACUACUAUAAAAAUUGCAAAUACUUCACAUUUAUUGGAGAUUAUAAUUGAACAUUUUAUGCCAUUAUCUACAGAUGCAUUAGCAAUAACAGAUACUAUAAAUAACAUUUAUGGAGUACCAGUAGUUGCUGCAGUCAGAUUUUGUCGUGUUUUACUUUGUUAUGGAGAGAAAUCUGUUGCACAAAAAUUAAAUAAUCUUAAAAUUGUACAACGUAUUAUUUCAUACAUCACUUGUGAUGCAGGAAAAAUAAGUUUUAAUCUCAGCAUUGAAAGUUUACGAUUGUGGAGGACUUUAUUAUUGUAUGAAGAGGCAACAGACAGUUUAAGUGGGGCACAGUUAAUUCUUAUAUCCCAAUUACAACUUUUAUUAAGUAAUCAUGAUAUUCAAAAUAUUUCUGAAUUAUCUUGUGAAUAUGCAGCAGCUUUAAUUGCUGUUGCAAAUUGUUUAGUAUCUCUAAAAGCAAAUAUAUCAGUUUUAUUAUUUAAAUGGAGUACACAACUUUUAUCUUUAGAUAAUAUCACGUGGGGUAAUACAAAAUUGAUCGCAGAAACAUUAUUGGCAACAAAAGAUAGUACUGCAAUUAAAAAAUUAAACAUAUCUAGAUCAAAAGUAUUUUCUAAUCUCAGUUCUACUUCAAAUUUGUUAAGUAAUUGUUCUUUAGCUAUUGAACGAAAUCCUUCUGCUUUACCUCAUUUAAAUGUGUUAACAUAUGAUGGCCAAUUACAACCUAUUGUAUCUCAACAAUCUUGUAUGCCCUUUCUUGCUACAGUUUUAAAUAUAUUUAUUGAUCAUUCUUUCGUGGAAGAAAUUCAAGCAAUACUUAAUCUUCCACAACUUUAUAAGUAUUUAAAAAAAUUGGAAACAACAGACUGGUGUUUAGAAAGAUCAUGGUAUACAAGAUCAGAAUUUUCUUUUUUAGUUGCUAUAGUAAAUGCAACUCUCUUUAUUAAAGAUAAAGUGAAUGAUAAGAUGAUGCAUAUUAUUUGGAAAAUUGCUAUUAAACUUGUAUCAUCUUUACCUGCUGAUUAUUCAUCUGAUGUACAAAGUAUGCUUAGGAUUUUAUUAGCAAAAGAAAAAUUAAAUAUAAAAAUAAUAAUGAAUGAAUUAAAAAAUUUAAAUUUAAAUUCAAAUAUAGAAGAUAUCAAAUUAAAUUUAAAUCACGAUGUUUCUAGUUUAUACGAACAGUAUAUAACAUUAAAUGGUAAAUGGGAUCAAGCAGCAAUGCCUAAAGAUUGGUUUUAUUUACCUAUUGUACAUAUCUAUACAAAAUGUAGAAAUAAUAAUAUAUGUAAUGAUAAUGACAAAACUGUUGUCUUAACCGUAUUGAGUUUAGAAUUAAUACUACCGGAUUUAAUUGAAAAAUUAUCGCAAACUUUGAGAUUUAGUAGAUUAAUAUUGAUAUAUUUGUGCGAUACAUUGUAUUUGAAUAAUGAUGUUUCUAUUUUACUUACUAAAGUCGUUACAACUUUAGUAAAAGAUAACUACAAAAAAUUUAAUUUUACAAUAGAUCUGCCAGGACUUAAUUCUUUUACUGAUUUGUUCACUGCUAUGUGUGAACAUUUUUGUUCAACUUCCUAUGGUGAUUAUGGUUUUUCAAUGACAUUAUUGAUACCAAUUACACAAAGACAUGAUGUUCAUUAUAGAAAAUUGUUAUGGUCGGAACACGUAGGUUUACUUCGAUACAUUAGAUUACCAUUAGAACAAUUAAAUAUUCCAUUAAAAGAAUAUUUAUAUCCUUUUGAGGAAGAUACAUCUUUAAUAGAAAGUUACAUAACAGCACUUGUUAGGGGAAUUGUGAAUCAAAAUUGGUGUCCUAUUCCAUAUACAAUUGCAUUACAUCAUUCUGCUAUGUAUUUAAAAAAAUCAAAUAAAUUAGCAGUACGAAUGAGAACUCAGUUAGAAAAGAUAUCUAAUAAAGUUCUAGCUGUUCUCUUAUUAAAUUAUCAAUUACCUAUAUUUUAAAAUUUAUCUGUAAUUGUAAACUUUACUAGAGUUUAUUUAUUUAUAAUUAAACUAAUAAAUUAUACCAAUAAAUUUUUUUAUAUGUUCAAUAUAUUUUAAGAUUAAAAUAUUUCAUAUAUUAUUGAAGGAUUAAAUAAUUUAUUUCAGAUUGUAAAAUAUAUAGAUACAGUAUUAUUAGAUAAAUAAUUAUGUCAAUGGAGAAUAGGAACAAUCUGUAUUUGUAAAGCAUAGAGGCACUGCUUGGUCAUUUCGCUGAUUGCUGAGAUUUUUAAUAAAUUAAGAAAGCAUUGUAAUAAAAAUUGAUUUGUUAAGAA